UGUUUCUAGGUUGGUUGCCUGUGAAAGAGACACAGAGUACAUGGAGCGUGCAUCCCUGACAUCUGAUCACAUGUGCCAGGAACAACUUUUUAAACUUUUUUAUUUUUUCCCCCCAUACUUCAGCUGUUGGAGGUGAUGGUGGGAGGAAGGCCAAAUAAAGUAAAGGCUCAUUUGUAAAUUCCUAAGCGUUUUUGAGGGACCACCAGGGAGGAGAAGGCGCACGAGAGACCCUAUGGGCAUCCAGGUUACACCGGCGAAAGACCCGCCUCUUCAGCGACCCUACAUUCACUGUAACACUUCAAAAGCCAACAAAGCAUUGUGUUUCAAUUCCAAAUAACAUUUUCUGUUUCAAAACAACUCUAUUAACAUCACAUUUUAUCAGAGUUUUCUCCCUUACCGACGCGCAUUCUCCUGAAAUGCCGCUGCGUAAAAAUAGUAAGUCAGUUAACUGGAUCCAUUGACACAAUAGCUCCUGUUCCACAAAGCUCCUCCCUACAUGUGUGAGCGUGUGUGUGUGUGUGCGUCGGGUGGGUGACAGCUGGUCUCGCUGCGCUCCGCUCCAGUCUGGUAAGAAGCUUCAUCUCCAAAUAGGAUGACCGUCGGCUUUUGUGGAAGUGACUGCGCGCAGCUCCGUAGCUUCCCGUUGGUUUCCGAGUGUUUAGUUGACCUGAGAGGAAUCUAAGAACUGAAGCAUCGCCUUUUCUCCGUCCCUCUCCAGUGUGGAUUUCCGAUGGAUAUUCCGAUGUGAAGAGGUGUGAUUUGAGCGCGGCAUGUAACAAAAAAAAAGCGCAAGAGAAAAGUAGCGCUCGCAUUGUUAUUCCAGUACGAGCACUUUCUCAACUGAUUUCAAUACAAGGUCUAAUGGAUUACUAAAACCCAAAGAUACACUUCGAGGCAUAUCCAUUCAUGAGCUGAAGGCGUCGGAUACCUGCUGGACAACAUGGCUUAAUGAGGGGUCAGCUGGGAUCUAUGGACAAGGACUGAAGUCAUUAAUGAUUUACAAUUUGGUUGAGCAAAAUUUGUAGCAGAGGACCAGCAGCAGCAGCGGCAGCAGUGUUGGUGCGACCAUGAGGUCGGAGGCCUUGUUAGUCUACUUCACGCUACUGCAAAUAGCCGGGGCGGGUUUCCCCGAGGACAGCGAGCCUAUAAGCAUCUCACACGGCAACUAUACAAAACAGUAUCCAGCAUUUGUGGGCCAUAAACCUGGAAGAAACAACACGCAGAGGCACAAACUGGACAUCCAGCUCAUCCUGAUCAUGAACAGGACGUUAUAUGUUGCUGCCAGGGAUCACAUAUACACGGUGGACACGGACACUGCCCACAGUGACGAGAUCUUUUUCAAUAAGAAAAUGACCUGGAAGUCCAGACAGGCAGAUGUGGACACCUGCAGAAUGAAAGGGAAACAUAAGGAUGAGUGUCACAACUUCAUCAAAGUCCUCCUGCAGCAAAAUGAAGACACCUUAUUUGUGUGUGGAACGAACGCUUUCAACCCCUCCUGUCGGACCUACAAGACCGACACCCUGGAUGCCGUGGGAGAAGAAAUCAGUGGGAUGGCACGCUGUCCUUACGAUGCCAAGCACGCCAAUGUGGCCCUCUUUGCUGAUGGCAAGCUGUACUCAGCCACUGUAACAGACUUUCUAGCGAUCGAUGCAGUCAUCUACCGUAGCCUUGGCGACAGUCCGACUCUGCGCACUGUCAAACAUGACUCCAAAUGGCUCAAAGAGCCCUACUUUGUUCAGGCAGUUGAUUACGGGGACUUCAUCUAUUUCUUCUUUCGGGAAAUUGCUAUGGAGUACAAUACAAUGGGAAAGGUGGUGUUUCCUCGGGUUGCGAGGGUUUGUAAGAACGACCGCGGCGGCUCGCCUCGCGUCCUGGAGAAGCAGUGGACAUCCUUUCUGAAGUCUCGCCUGAACUGCUCCAUCCCCGGCGACUCCCACUUCUACUUUAACAUCCUGCAGGCCGUGACGGACGUCAUUCAUGUCAAUGGGAGGGAUGUUGUGCUGGCGACUUUCUCCACACCUUACAACAGCAUUCCCGGCUCGGCAGUGUGUGCUUAUGACAUGGCUGAAGUGGCCAAGACGUUUACGGGACGUUUCAAAGAGCAGAAAUCCCCGGACUCCACUUGGACACCUUUUCCUGAGGAGAAGGUUCCCAAACCAAGACCUGGCAGCUGUGCUGGUAGUCCGUCCAUGGAGAGGUAUAAGAUAUCUAAUGAGUUCCCCGACGACACACUCAACUUCAUCAAGAUGCAUCCUCUGAUGGACGAGGCCGUGCCUUCCAUCGCCAACAGGCCCUGGUUUCUCAAGACUAUGGUUCGGUAUCGCUUGACACGCAUUGUGGUGGACAACGAAGCAGGUCCCCAUAGAAACAACACCGUGGUAUUCCUGGGAUCCGAAAAAGGCAUCAUCCUCAAAUUCCUGGCCAAGAUGAACAACGGCUUCCUGAAUAACAGCCUGUUUCUAGAGGAGGUCAACGUCUACAACCCUGACAAGUGCAGCAUAGAUGGAGUAGAGGACAAGCGCAUCAUUGGCAUGCAGAUUGAUGGCAAGAACCAUGCCAUGUGGGUAGCUUUCACCUCGUGUGUGGUUAAAGUACCGCUGUCUCGGUGCGAACGACAUGGACGCUGCAAGAAGUCCUGCAUUGCCUCCAGAGAUCCUUAUUGCGGUUGGGUGUCAGAGGGGGCCUGCAGACAGGUGGUUGGCAAGACCAAAUUAGCCUUUGAGCAGGACGUGGAGCAUGGUAACACAGAUGGUCUGGGAGACUGCCAAAAUACCUUUGUGGCUCUGAAUGAUAUUCCAUCUGGUUAUGAAGGCCACCAUCACCACCAUCAUCACCACUCCCUCUCAAUUCCCACCCCGGCCCUUCCCAAGGCUGCUGAGGGCCCGCUAGGGCGGGGCCGCAUGGUGGAGCGGAAGGAUCCCCCCAUGAGCUCAGACAAAGGGGAGGACCCCUACUUGGCCGUGCCCUCUCAGACUCAAUCCGAAGCCAAUGGCGUGAUCCGCGAGAGCUACCAGAAGGGUCGUGACCAGCUGGUUCCCGUGACCCUGCUGGCCAUAGCUGUCAUCCUGGCAUUUGCCAUGGGCGCCUUCUUCUCAGGCCUAAUUGUCUACUGCGUCUGCGACCACCGGCGGCGAGACAUUGACCUGGCAGGCCGCAAGGAAAAGGACAGCCUGCACCUGCACUCCCGACGAGGAUCAAUGAACAGCGUGACCAAGCUUACUGGCCUGUUUGAGAUGCAGGGCAAAGAGGGUCGCCCAGAGGCAAUCCUCACCCCUCUGAUACACAACGGGCGGCUGACGCCAAAUGGGAAGAUGCUGAUAAAAGCGGAGCAGCACCACCUGGACUUUGCUGCUCUGCCAACACCUGAAUCCACGCCCAUGCAGCCACGCCGCAAGACCAGCCGGGGAAGUCGUGAGUGGGAAAGAAAUCAGAAUAUCAUCAACGCUUGCACCAAGGACAUGCCUUCCAUGGGCUCUCCAGUCAUCUCCACAGACUUGCCCCUGAGAGCAUCGCCGGGACACAUCCCCAGUGUGGUAGUGCUGCCCCUUCCGCAGCAUCAGCACCAGCUUCAGCCUCAUCUGCAGCAGUCCUACCAGCAUGAAUAUGUGGAGCAGCCUCAUCACAGUGAUCUAAGCGUGGCCCACAGCAUUAUGGAUGACCAGGGAGCCACUCUUGAGUACAAGACAGUAAAGAAUCCGUGUCACAACCUAAACGUUGUGGAUCCAGAUGGGAUGCUGCCCCCUCGUGUGCCGCAGCGAGAAGCUUCUCUCACCAUCCCCCCUGCUGUUCCACAGAUGGGCAAACGCUUGGAGGUCCACUCAUCAGUCUACGGCCUCCGGAAAGGAUCCGCAUCUGCUGCUUGCGGGUCCUCUGGCCUCAAGAAGCAUAACACCAACUCAUCUAAUUCCUCCCACUUGGCUAGACAUCACAGCUUCCGUGUGGAAACCCCACCACCUGCACCCCAGAGGGUGGACUCAAUACAAAUGACAGCACAGGGCGUGUCGCUGUCACGGCAGCCUGGAAUGAGCACCUAUGGCUCACUGCCCCGAACAGGUGUCAAGCACCUCAGGCCUGACGUCCCUCCUAAACCCUCUCUAGUCUCACUCUCAACAAAAGUCAAGUCCAGUGAAUCCGGCACAUAGUCAGCUUGUUAUUCCAUCAGUCCAAUGUGAACAGACAGCACUGAAAGUUGUUUUCUGAAAGAAGGAAAGAAAAUAACAGGGAAUACUGUACAACAUAUAUCUCCUCUUUCGUGCUUUGGCUUGUUUGUUUUCGGUGUACAGUACAGUGGAAACGUUUUUUUUUUUCUAAGAAAACACUUUCUUUUUAUAUAAAUAUGUACAUAUAAAAUGGUUGUUGUCUGUUAAUGCCAUCAUUGAGCUCAUGCUCUGGCUGGUGCCCAGUUCCACUGAAAAAACAAACGGGGAAUGUGUGCUACUGAGGAAAAGAUGGCGCCUGUCCUGAAACUCUUGGCACCGUGUAGCAUUCAAGGCGGUGGCUGUCUUGUGCGUCGUGUCUUUGGUCACCACGACUUCUUAAAACGUGCCAAUUAAAGAACACAAGACGAAAGCACGCUGGAGAAUAGUUGCUGUACAGUACAAUGACAACUGGAGAAUCUAUGGGAGCAAGAACUACGAAAGACGGACUUCAAAGACACUCAGCUGCUUGAGUUCUGUUGGAAACUGUGAAACGCCUCUCAGUGUUACAGCAAUCAAGCCUGCCUGGGUUUGACCUAAAGCCUGGCCGGAGGAAUCCUUUACUGUACUGGUUACUGAAUAACACGUGACUGUUAAUAGUAAUAGCCUGUUGUAUUUAUUUUUAAUAAGUGCUUUAAAAAAAAAAAGGAAAAUGAAAAAAAAAAGACUUUCCAGGCUCGUUCAGGAACAAGGCAAAGAAGAGAUGUUUUAAUAUUGAUUAAACAAAUGAGAAACAUAUUUAAAGUCAUUAAACUGGAGCCAGUAGAACUUUCUUGUUGGCUGAAGGUCAACCGGGUCUUACUGCGUGCUCAGUGGGACCUACAACUUGAGGUAUAUGUGACUUCUGCCGCAGCAAGGAGGAGAUAUUUAUUUAAACUGUGCCACACCAGGACUUACACCUUUAAGGACCAGAGUUUCCAUUGUUGAGACCAAUCAAAAAAACGACCUUUCACUCCUCCAAUGAGCAUCCCUCCCCCCAAUUAGCACUGUGGUUGAGUUGGAGUCAGGAACAUUUUCCCUGAUGCUGCUCCUCAGUUCCAGCUCAAUGUUGCAUCCUGCAUAUAUACGUAUGGAUACAUUUAUAAACAUAUAUAUGUGUGUAUGCAACAUUCCUGGAAGGUCUACAGACACCAAAUUGAAGCUGUACAAGAAUCGAAUGGAGAGAUGCCUGAAAACAUCUCAUCCGUGGUGUCACACAGGUGAGCAGGUGAAAAUGAAAACAACAUCUGUGUCGCCUGCUUCUUUUUCCACAUGUAAAUUUGUGCCUUACACCCUAAAGUAGUGACAAUGUGUUUUUUUAAUAGCUGUUAACUUUGUCUACUUGUUGUACUUUUUUUAUUUUAUUUUUCUUACAUCAUGAUAUUUUUCCUGGUUUGAUAAAAAAAUGCAAUUCAAGAAUGUAGGUGUUAUUAUUGUAAUUCUGGUCCCUAGACAUAACACACGGACGAUCCAGAGGAAAAGAGCGGGAGGAGUUGUCUCUAUCUUCAUCUGCUUUCUCUCUCCUACUGAUAAAACACUCACACAGACACACACGCACAAACAUGCACACUAAUCUUCGUGGUUCUUUUCUGAUUGUGCCAUUAAAGGCUUAAAAAGCAAGCAUUUUUGUUGUGCUGGCAGUUUCGAUGAAGAUGUUGUGAGCGUUUUUGAUUUUCAGUUUUAUAAAAAGUCCUAGUAUUUGGGGGUUUUAUUUGUUUGUUUGUUUGUUUUUGGCUGUCUGCCUGUUUGGAGUGAUGGUGAACUGACUGACUGAUGGAACAUUUGUUACUCAUUAAGAAGGCAAACCUGUGCGUGUCUGCUUGGUGCACUGCAAUAAUAAUGCGACAACGGCACAACAGCAUCGUACAUUCUGAGACACACAUGCGGCCCUGGUGUACUAACGGAGUUCACAGCUACGUUUGUGCAUUCUCACAGUCAUUCCUUACGCAGGUGUUUGAACAGGCUGGUUCCUGUGAUGAAAGUUGACAUGAUCAAAUCAAAAGUAGUGAAACUUGUACCCUAAUUAACCCCCUUUUUGUAAGAGAAAACAAUCUGAAGAAAGGUUUUUUUUAUGUCGCUUCACUAACUCUCAUUAUCAAGGCCUUAGGAGUUGCUGAGAGUUUGGCUAGUAAUACUUUUGUUUGUAUUGUUCAUUGACUCUGGGAUUUUUACUGAUCACCCCACUGUCACUAUAACACUUCAAUACCAGAGAAGCACUCCCUAGUGUUGUAUGUGUAGAUAGGUCAAAGUUUUUCUUGUUUUUCUCAAUGGAAGAAAGCCAACAACGUCUCCAUCCACAGCGAAAACAAGGACAUGUAGGAUCUGUGACCGGAUUUGCAUGUGUGCAGAAACGCUUGAAGGGUUUGGUUGCAACUGGAAAAAAUAGGUCAAGGCACUGGCCCAAGCCAAGGUGCUGUGUUUGAAACAGUCUGGGAGGCAGCUAAGACAGUUAUCCCAGCAAUUAGUUUAAACCUUCAAAAAUACAAGUGGCCCGAGAUUAGCCAUUAAAGUGCUUUCACUUCAGAAAAAUUCACAGCUUUUUUCACCCUCCAGUGCAUUCAGUGUGUGAACCAUUGACUUCCCCAGCUCUUAAAAACUCCAAGCUAAAUAUUUCUGUUUUAAAAAUAUUUAGUUUAGUGAGUUGGGGGGUUUCACAUGUCCUCACAGAAUGUGGGCAUCGAGACCUCUCUCUGUAAGAAGGUUGAAGGUUCUCUUCCUGUUGGGACAAGUGGACAAAGUCAUGAGAGCAUCAAGCGUUUGACAUCAGAGGAAGGUUUCAAGACUUUUAAAGAUGGUUAGUGAAGCCUGCUGUGGACAGUGAGGUUCUUUAGUGUGUGCCUUUUUGUCUCUCACCUUUGUUAUAAUACACUGCUAUUAGACGCAAACCAACUCUACUGUCAACCUUUCAAACUUUUGAACUUUGUAAGCUUGUAAGAUAUUGUGACGUCACAAAGUUUUUUGCCCUGUUCUCUCCACUUCCUUAACAUCUGAUUCACAGCUUAAUGUAUGUUGUAAAGAAAUGAAAAAAACUCUUUAAUUUAAUGCAAAAUGUAAUAAAAAAAAAAAAAAGAAAAUAAAAUUCUUGUCAUGAAAACUGUGA